AUGUCUGCUUCUUCCGAAGCUACAGGCUCAUCUAUUUCCCUCAAGGGGAACAGGAAAAAUGUUGAGGAGCCCCCUUCUUCGUCUUUCGCAAUACCUAAAACCCCCAGCAAAGGUAAGGCUAAGGUGAGUGGCGUAGGGGUUUCAGGCUGCGCUAAGGGCGUAGGGGCCGUAUCCAAAGUUGUAGAACUCAUUGGCGCCAGUGAGCUUCUUUCCAGAACUGGCUUAGGUUUCCUGUGCAUCCCUUUAUCAAGUCUGUCCACCGGGAAGGCAUGGGAGUUUAAUCCCAGUGACGUCACUGACUCCCUUCUAGUUCUGCGCUCCUGGGCAGGUCUAGAAAACCUGGGUAUUCACCCUGAGCUAGGAGCUGAUGAUAGGAGAGUUUUGCUCACCUUUAGGGAUUGGAAAUUGGAGAGGUAUUCCACUUUGACUAACCAUUCUAAGCUCAUAAAAUUGGGCUUUAGCCCUGUAGUGGUGAGGAUCAAAACUCCCGUUCCCAUUUCUGUUGCUAGAGCUGAGUGUUCCUCAUCAAUGGAGUCCACAUCAAAGGAUCACAUGGCCAAAGUGGCCUUGUUAAGGAAAACCAGGAGUAGGAACAAAUGCAAGACUGAGGUCGGAUCCGGGAGUGAUUCAGCCUCCCCAGCCAAUGCAGUCCAUACCUUUUUCCCACAAGAGACUAGGUUGCCAUCUUCUGGAGGGACCUCUAAGCAAAGCAUUGUUCUGAUCUUUCCUUCCUCGACAGAGGUUGAGAGAGCUUUGGAAAUAGUAUCUCAUAUUUUGCUUGGGUCUGCUCCUCCUUACCCUACAGAGAGAUCCUCUCCAUUACUGCCCAAAGUUUCUAAGAGUGAGAAAGGGAAGCUUCCCAAUAGUGAGACAGAUUUAGAGAUUGAGAAAGAGAAGAUUCAAAGUAAGGGUAAACACAUCAAAGAAGAGCUUGGGAAGACAGAGGUGGAGCUUAGACAUAGAACAGAUGAAUGGUUUAAGAUCAGCCGAGAGAGUCUCGAGGCCUUGAGCUCCUAUAGGGCCAUGAAAAGUGAAUAUGACGUCUUGGCAGAGACUAGUGGCAUUCUUCGAAAUGAGCUCAAGGUGCAGUGGGCUGCAGCUCAAAAGAAGGAUGAUCUGAUUGCUAAAUUGGAUGAUGACAUUACUACUCAGUGGGCCACUAACUGGCUCACUUUUCAAGACAAAGCUGAGUUGACCUACCCUAGCUUGGAUUUCAAUUUUGAGAUCUCAACUGAGGAAGAGACUGAGGCCGCUAACGUUGAGGCCAGUGUCUUGACCCCUUUUGCUUCUAAAACAGUUCAUAAAGGGGUUGAGGUGCCUAUUCCACCUGCUGAGGCUCCAGCUCGAGGUGUUUCCUCCUCUAUAGUCAUUUCUAUAAGUUCUAGUCCCGUAACUACUCCUACUUUAACAACUAGAGAUCCUUCUGCUUCAGCUGUCCUUGUGGCUCAAGCCCCUAAUCUAACUUUGCCAAUAGCCAAAGUCGAGGUCUCUAUUAUUCCAGCUGCUCCUGAGCUCCUAGAAAUUUCAACCACCGAUCUGCUGAGCUCUACUCCUUUAGGGGUUACUACCGCUGAGCUUCUAGAUUCUUCUCUUAUGGAAACAUCAACAAUCGGGCUACCAGGCUCUUCUCCACCUAUUCAUAAUACAGAAUCCUAA